GCCGGCGAGCAGCGGGCGUCCGAGCCGCCAGCGAGCCGGAGGAGGAGCCGCAGCGGCGCCAGGGGCAGCCGGGGAGCAGAGAAGGGCGCCCCAGGUGGGUGCCCCCUUCCUCUCCUGAGAUGUCAGGGAGGAGACUACCUGUAUCCUACACAGGGGCCCCACACAGCCUGGGGGCCCCCAUCCCCAGAGUGAGGCCGUGGAGGUGCUGUUGACAGGUGUGCAAGCCAUGCUCCCUCGCCACUCCUGCUCGCUCCUUCUUUUCCUUUUCCUCUUCCCCAGCGUCCCCAUGGAGCCCCAACCCCCAUCCUCCACCCUGCCACCAUUUCUGGCCCCUGAGUGGGACCUCUUGUCUCCCCGAGUGGCUCUGUCAAGGGGCGCCCCUGCCGGGCCCCCUCUCCUCUUCCUGCUGGAGGCCGGGGCCUAUGGGGAGCCGGCAGGAGCCCCAGCCAACCGCAGCCGGCGCGGGGUGAGUGAGACGACGGCACCUGCAAGCCGCCGGGGUGAGCUGGCAGUGUGCGACGCAGUGAGUGGCUGGGUGACCGACCGGCGGACAGCUGUGGACUUGCGUGGGCGCGAGGUGGAGGUGCUGGGCGAGGUGCCUGCGGCAGGUGGCAGUCCCCUGCGUCAGUACUUCUUCGAGACGCGCUGCAAGGCCGAAAGCGCUGGGGAAGGUGGCCCAGGUGUGGGCGGAGGGGGUUGUCGCGGCGUGGAUCGGAGGCACUGGCUCUCAGAAUGCAAGGCUAAGCAGUCCUAUGUGCGGGCGUUGACUGCAGACUCCCAGGGCCGCGUGGGCUGGCGCUGGAUUCGGAUCGACACAGCUUGCGUCUGCACGCUCCUCAGCCGAACAGGCCGGGCCUGAGGUCCAGGCUUGGGAACUGCCCAGGUUGAGGGAGAAAAAAAAAAAACAAAAAAAAACAAAAACAAAAGCAAAAAACAGCUGGAUGCUGAAAGGACCACAGGGGUAGCCCGCUGCUCUACUGUGCCUUCUGACUGGGAACUGAAAUAACCACAGAAUCAAAUCCCUCUCAUUUUAAAAGCUCAGUCCGUGUGGAAUGUAUGAUGGAACCAAAUGGGGGUUCAAGUGAUGAAUAGGAGUUCUCCCAGAGGAACUUGACAUUAAUAAUAAUAGCCAAUGUUUACUAUUUACUGUUUAUCAGACCUAAUAUAUGACUGUUAACCAUUUUAACAUCAGAGGACCCUGGCUCACCCUGGCAAGAGGAACGAGGAAAGAAAACGUGAUGCAUGAGCCGGGGCUAGACCUGGAUCGGUAGGCUGUUUCUGGUUGCUUAGCAUGCACACAGUCCUGGGCUCUAACUUGAGCACCACAUCAUAAACCAUGCACGGUGGUACCCAUCUGCAGUGCCAGUACUUAGGAGGUAAAGGCAGAUAGAUCAGGAGUUCAUGGCCAUCCUUAGCUACAAAGGGAGUUUGAAGCCAGCCUUGUCUAUAUGGGAAUCUAUCUGAAUAAAAUAAAAAGCCUGGGUCUGGGUGUUGUGAUAUGUAUCUGUAAUCCUAGUACUUGAGAAGUUGCAGACAGAAGAUUGCCUGAAGGUCCAGGGCAGCCUGGGCUACAUAAACUGUUCUGUCUGGGGCAAGGGCAAAUGGGUCAGGUGGGAAAGCGAUGGAAGCAAUUGGUCCCAGAACGGUGAGGAUGUGAUCAGGGAAAGGCACUGAGUUCCCGGGAGCCUAGGCUCACCAGAGAAGUCUGACCUGGCCAAGGCACACAAGCAUCCUGCUUUGAGUACUGAGCCCAACCACCCAAGGAGCAGAAGCAAGCAUGCAUACCUCACAUCCAGAGUGGCCCCUAAUCUUUUUUGUUCAGCUCUAAUCUGGAGACAGAGUCUCCUCAUGCAGCUCAUUGGAGGGUGGACCUUGAACUUUUUUUUUUUUUUUUUCUUCAAGACAGGGUUUCUCUGUGCAGCCCUGGCUGUUCUGGAACUCACUCUGUAGACCAGGCUGGCCUCAAACUCAGAGAUCUGCCUGUCUUCACCUCCCCAAUGCUGGCAUUAAAGGCUUACAUCACCA